AUGUCAUUUGACGAGUGUCUUGAUGAGGCCAAGGCGAGACUAAUCAUGGUGGCUUUCGUAAAAUUUAACGAUGAGGAUUUCGAGAACCUUAUGGCCACACUUCAGGAAAUUAGCAAGGACUUCAAAAAGCUCAUUAUCCUCGCAGUCGACGCUACAAGAAAUCUUCAACUUGCGCGUGAUCUAAACGUUACCGCCUGUCCGACAUUUCUCUUCUUCCGAAAGCGUACUCUUCUCGGUAGACGCGUGACCACCAAGCCGACCAAGCUCAAGAAGGAUGUUGAGAAGUAUUCGAAAACCUUCAUCGCCUGCCCUCAGGAGCGCGAAUGA